GGAAAAAGAGAUGUGGAAUUAACACGGAAUGACUGUUGGGUUAAAGAACAGAAACAGAAAUAGAUUUCUUACGGUCGCUGAACGAGGCUGAAUUUGUUGAGGUCGCUGUCAGAGAGAUUCUGUCAAAACAAAAAACAGAGUUCUGGAUGUGCCCUAUCACAACAAGUGCCAACUCGCAGACACCUGUUGCAAGACUUUCCAACUCUCUGCCAAACCAUGAACAAACCCCACUAACUGCCACUUUCUCUUUCAAAGAAAAAUAAGACAUCACAACAAUCAAUGUCUUUAUUCGCACACAAAAUACAACCAGAGAAGAAGAGACUGAACCAACCAAGAGUUGGACAUCGGAGAUGUUUCAGACAACUAUUCUGGCUCGUAAGCGACGACGUCCUGAAGCGACCUUAUCUCAGGGUCACGAGAAGGUGAAGUUCAGAGAUGUGAUCCUGUAUCUGGUGGAAAGGAGAAUGGGAAAGAGCAGGAGGAAUUUUCUCUCAAAUCUCGCCAGAUCCAAGGGAUUCUGUGUGGAUGACAGUCUCAGUGAUCAUGUGACUCACGUGGUAUCUGAAGGCAACACAGCACAAGAACUCUGGAACUGGCUGGAGGAACACGAUUUGAAGAAACCUCAUGAUAAACAUGUGCUGAACAUCAGCUGGUUUACUGAAAGCAUGAGUGCUGGGCAACCGGUACCUGUGGAAAUGAAACAUCAUAUACCAAAUCCAGCCGUAGAGCGGAGGUCGUUCCCUUGCACGUCGACCAAUCCAACAUCUUCUGUGUCUCCAUUUGCUUGCAAGAGACGGACAACAUUGGAUAACCAUAAUAAGAGCUUCACUGACGUGCUGGAGGUCCUGGCUGAGAACUUUGAGUUCAGUGGGAAUCAGGGUCCGUGUCUGGCAUUCCGCAGGGCUGCUUCAGUUCUGAAGAGUCUCCCUGCCACCCUUCGACGCCCGGGGGACAUGGAACAUCUGCCCUGCCUGGGAGAACACAGCAAAGCCAUCAUAGAGGAGAUCUUUGAAUGUGGAAGUUGCUCUAAAGCCGAAGAAAUCCUGAAUGAUGAGCGAUAUCAAACCCUGAAGAUGUUUAACAGCGUCUUUGGGGUUGGAAUCAAAACAGCAGAGAACUGGUACUGCAGGGGUCUGAGGACAUUUGAACAGGUUCUGACUGAACCCAAUGUCCGACUGAACCGAAUGCAAACUGCAGGAUUUUUGUUCUAUGAAGACAUCAGCAGACCGGUGAGCAGAGCUGAGGCCAACGCUUUGAAGGUUCUGAUAGAAGAAGCUGUCACCUGUGUCAAUCCUUCAGCAAAUGUCUACAUUACAGGAGGCUUCCGCAGGGGAAAGGAUUUCGGUCAUGAUGUUGACUUUAUCAUCAGAACACCUGUGCCAGGUCAAGAGGACGGACUCCUACAGGCGGUCAUUGACAGAUUUAGAGGCCAAAACAUCCUCCUAUACUCAGACUUCCAGGAGUCGACCUUUGACCUGAAGAAGCUUCCAAGUUGCCGGUUUGAAGCCAUGGAUCAUUUCCACAAGUGUUUCCUGAUAGUGAAGUUAAGAAGAGAGCAGGUGCUUGAGGAGAAAGAGACAGAUGAGGAGAGACAGCGGGACUGGAGGGCUGUACGUGUGGAUCUGGUCGCUCCUCCCAUUGAACGCUUUGCUUACGCCAUGCUUGGAUGGACCGGCUCAACGCUGUUUGAAAGAGAUUUGAGAAGAUUUGCCAGACUGGAAAGAGGAAAACUGUUGGAUAAUCACGUGCUGUAUGACAAAGCAACGCUGCCAGCUUAAAGAGGAUUUUAUCCAUCGAGCCAAGAGCUCUCUUGUCUAAUUGCUCAUUGUGCGACUGGGUGGAGCUCAUCGCUCGGAUACCCGCAGAUCUCUACUCUCUACAGCCAGACUGAACCAGCAACUAAACUCAGGCAAAUGUGCAGGCUGUGAGAGUUCAUUUCUCCCAGCUGCUCUACAGCAAUGUUUGAAUAAUUCAAAGCAACACAAUACACGGAAAGCCAACAUGCGGUGAUUUGGUUAUGGCUGUGAUAUUAUGUACAUCAUCAGUCAUGAACGUGGACAUGUGAUUUACUUCAGAACACAAGCGUAUUUGCAUUAGUGAAACAUCAUACAUGGGAAUUAUUUGUAAUGCGUAUCAU